AUCCAGACCCAGGGACGCAUUUUGUGCCUAAAGAACACAUUGCGCCUGAUCAUUUUUUUUUUAAAUUGCAUAAGCAAUCCAUGGCACUCAGACAUCAAACUUGUAUUUGUGUGAAAUCUUGAAACUUAACUGCAAACGCUUUAUUUAUUUCUCUUUUUUUCAUCCUUGUUCAUUCCAUAAAUCUGAAAGUUUACUUUCAAAUCUGUUUAUAGAUUGAUCUAUCGAUGAUGUUAACGACCUUUCUGCUCUUGGCACUAUGUUUAGUGACCCAUGGUCAGCAAGAUCUUGUCUUAAGUCAAGGAUCAUGUCCAGAUAUCCCAGUGCAGUUAAACUUUGAUUUGAAAAGGUUUGAAGGCUAUUGGAAGGUUUAUGAAGCCUUUGGCGCACCGUACAUGGUCGGCAUGUCCUGUGUGGAUUUCAUCUUUGAGCAGGCCUCGGACGACGGACGUUACGUCAAUAUCAGGCUAGAAGGAGACAGAGAUGUGAAAGUUCUUGGAUUCAAAAUCUGGACGGCAAACGAAAUUUAUUAUGGCAAAGGCACCGUUCUGGAUGAUGUCACAGAUGCCGGAUGGUCAGUACUUUUUGGAGGAAAGCCAGAUAACUAUGAGGAUAGGACAAACUACUUCAUUCUAGCCACUGACUACGUCAAUUACGCCAUUGUCUAUUCAUGUAUUCAACCUGCCAAGCUGCCAAUAAUAUCAGAAAGCUGUUUCAUUCUACUUCGCCGUAAUGGUAGCCCACCGGCCGAGGUUUCGACCCACAAGUUCAUUUUGAAAAGCUACGGAGUGAACGUGACAAACCUGAACAAGGUCAACAACUACAACUGCUAUUAGUUCCCUUAGAGCAGGCACCUCCAGAGAUGGCUGUCUAAAACGAUAUGCAGAAGUUUGUUUCAUUAGUUGAUUAUUAUUUAGUGUCAUUUUUUGUGUGCCUACAAUUCCUACUGUCAUCGAGCAAUCUCUACGUGGCUGGCUAGGCGAAAGGAAAAGUUUAUUAUAUCUUUGGGGGGGAAAACACACGCUAAUUAACAAUUCAAUGAGAACACAGGCUUGGCUGUUAUAGUUUUUAGUCAUUUUCAUAUUCAUUUGGCCUACGUCUUUUUAUCAAUCCAAUUGUUCCAAAUGACUUUUUCCUAGAAAUUUGAAAGUUGAUGCAUAUCAUUAUGAAAGAAUAACUAGCUCGUUGGUCACACUGAGAGUACUGUAGUUUGACCGUUUCAAUUUUUUAAAGUAAUAAAAGAAAUCAAUUUAUAUUUGACUAGAGAAUUAGAAAAUAAUAUCUUGAACGGACUAGAAGUUUUCGGGUAUUUCCUCAUUCAUUCAAGAGUUCAAUACAUUGAUGUUCAGGAACAUUAAAAAGCUGUUCUUGUUUGACAUGUUCAGUCAGAUAACUUCAGCGGGAAUUUAAAAAAUAUAUAUAUAAUAAGAAUGCUAACCACCAUCAGCUCCAUCAAGUAGCAAUUUGUAGUUGUUGUUGUUUUUAGUUUUUAGUUUUUAUUACUUCUUUACUUUAAUUUCUUUUUUUGGUUAAUUUGUUUUACUCAUUACAUCUUUUUAAUUUUCAACUUCACAAUAAAUAUUGGACAAAGGUAUUUUCUAAACAAGGCAUAUGAAAUUAAAAUAAAUCAAAUACAAACUA